AUGCAGCCUCUGAACCACUCUCCCCCUUUAUCUUCCGUUCUACUUCCUCUUCUCCUCCUCGAUACCCUCCCGCUGCUUUGCACCGCCUACCCAGACCUCUACAGCAUAUUCCAAUCGCGCCUCUCCGAAGAUUCCGAAAUCUACCUCCCAACCGACCUGACUCCGCGCUGGACGACACAUGGCGCGCCCAACUUUGCCAUUGGCGUGCGACCGGCCACGGAAGACGAUGUAGUUGCUGCGCUACGUACUGCGGUCGAGAAUGAUAUGCCGUUCCUCGCCACCGGCGGUGGCCAUGGGUAUACGAGCUCGUACGCAGACUUGCAAGGGGGUGUACAGAUCGACAUGAGUGGAUUUGAUAGCGUUGACGUGGAUGAGCAGUCGGGAGAGGUUGUCGUGGGCGCGGGUGCGGUGUUUGCGGAUUUAUUUGGCCCGGUGGCGGAUGCUGGGAGGGAAAUCCAAACCGGCUCCUGCUCAUGCGUAGGUGUCAUCGGAGCCACCCUCGGCGGCGGCAUCGGCCGCUACCAAGGCCUCCACGGCCUCAUCGUCGACGCCCUCCUCUCCGCCCGCGUCCUCCUCGCAAACGGCACCAUCGUCGAGGCCUCCCACACCUCCAACCCAGACCUCUUCUGGGCCCUCCGCGGCGCCGGCAUGAACUUCGCCAUCGUCCUCAGCGCAACCUACACCACCCACCCGCAAACCAACAACGGCACCGUCCUCAACGUCGACAUCGCAUACCCACCCGCCGCCGCCCCCGAACUCUUCGCCUUCCUCGCCAGCUUCUCCCAACGCAACAACGCUUCCGCCACCGGCCUGCCCCCCGCCCUCAGCAUCGUCCUCGCAGUCUCCUGGAACGACGACCUAGCCGGCAUGAACAUCGUCCUCAACGCCAUCUUCGCCGGACCCGCAGACACCGGCCUCGCACACCUCGCCCCACUCCUCUCCUCGCCCACCCUGCAACCCCUACGAACAAACAUCACCACCGCACUCCCCUGGCGCGCCAUCUCCACAACCGCCUCCUUCGGCAGCGACGCCGCAGAAUGCGCCCGCCCGGUCCACCGUAACAUGUACGGCCUCAGCAUCCAACGCAUCGACAUCCCCGCCUUCACCGCCUACUUCGACACGCUCAGCACCCUCAUGCACGACGAGCCCACCACCCGCCAAACACACUGGAUCAUCGAGGGCUUCCCUAAUACCGCGGCCCGGGCCGUGCCGAGCAGCGAGACGGCGUAUCCGCACCGCGACGCGUUCGCGCAUCUGUUGAUGGCGUAUGUGUAUCCGCGGCCGGGCACGCCGGGGGCUGUGGAGGGGUUGGAGGAGAGGAUUGAUGGGCUGGCGCGGGAGGCGCGGGCGCAGUUGCAGGCGGGGGGUGCGCAUGAGGGCGUGUAUGUGAGUUAUGGGCAUGGGGAUGAGGGGGUUGCGGCGUGGUAUGGGGAGGGGAAUUUGGGGCGGUUGAGGGAGUUGAAGCGGGUUUGGGAUCCGGAGGGGUGGUUUGGGUGGAAUAAUGGGGUUUUGCGUGCGCAUGAUGGGUGA